AUGUGGGCAGAUGUUGAAGAUGCCGACGGGUGGGCCCAGGGGCGACGGCGAGCACGAGCAGAACCACGGGCAGAUGCUGAUGGGGGGCGCAGUCACGGGCGACGUCGACUACGUGCGCAACCUAAAGGACAAAUGCCACGAGCUGACUGCGCUGCGAGGGCGCACCUUGCGGCGGAGGGGGAGGAUUCGGUUCGCGAUGGCGCGCAGAUGAUCACGCAGGCCGUCGGCUUCCGCGGGCGCACGGUGGGGGCGCUGCGCUGUAAGAGCGCGGCGAAGAUCGUCGAGGGCGGGCCGUGCCUCGUCUUCCUCAGCCUCGCGAGGGAAGGCCUCAAGGACUUCGGCGUCGAAGGCGUGCUGUCGGCCUUGGGCGAGGCAUGUGUCCAGGUGGUCUUGCGGUGGGAGGCCAGAAGCUCCAUCGGAGACUGCGUCAGCUACUCGUGGGUCGCUUCCCCGCUCGAGGACAAGACGCGCGCGCUCUUCGCCCUGGAGGCGGGCCAGCCCGCCUAG